GGAAUCAUUGAGUUGGAAGCCCUGGCCAAACCCCCCCUCCAUCGCCCCAUUCCCUCCCCAGCUCUCCACGUCGGAUUCCAGGAGUUGCAGAGGGAGCUGCCUGGAGCUGAGGACCUGGACGGGGCGGCGCGGGCGCUGAUGCGGCUGCAGGACGUCUACGCGCUCAGCGUCAAGGGCAUGGCCAACGGCCUCUUCCAGCCCGCCAGCACUGACCGCCCACCCCUCUACAGCCCUGGUCGGCGUGUCUCACUCUCGGCCGAUGACUGCUUCCACGUGGGCAAGGUGGCCUAUGACACAGGUGACUUCUACCACUCCAUCGCGUGGCUGGAAGAGGCCGUCAGCCGCUUUCGCCUCUCCUAUGGCAGCUGGAACCCAGAGGAGGAGCGGGGCAGCCUGGAGGAUGCGCUGGACUACCUGGCUUUCUCCUACUUCAUGGCUGGAAACAUCUCCCAUGCGUUGACUCUCUCCAGGGAGUUUCUCCACUAUGAUCCCAGCAACCAGAGAGUAACAACGAAUGUGGCCAAGUAUGAGAAGCUGCUGGCAACACAUGGGGACCGUGUGGGGAGACCCCUGCAGCGCCCCAACGUCACCCAGCUGCAGAACCGGGACGCCUACGAGGAGCUGUGCCAGGGCCUGGGGGCACAGAUGGCCCCGGAGCAGCCCUCACACCUUGGCUGCUCCUACGAGACCAACGGCAGCCCCUACCUCCUGCUGCAGCCUGCCAAGAAGGAAACGCUGCGGCUCCAGCCCUACAUUGUGCUGUACCACGACUUCGUCAGCGAUGCCGAGGCUGAGAUCAUUAAGGGACUGGCAGGGCCCUGGCUGCAGAGAUCCGUGGUCGCCUCUGGAGAGAAGCAGCAGAAAGUGGAGUAUCGGAUAAGCAAGAGUGCCUGGCUGAAGGACACAGCUGACCCAGUGGUGCGGGCACUGGAGCUGCGCAUGGCGGCCAUCACCGGCCUGGACCUGCGGCCACCCUACGCUGAGUACCUGCAGGUGGUCAACUACGGGCUGGGCGGCCACUACGAGCCCCACUUCGACCACGCCACGGUCAGGAGAUCCAGGAAGAGCCCCCUUUACAGAAUGAAGUCGGGCAACAGGAUCGCCACGGUCAUGAUCUACCUGAGUGCAGUGGAGGCAGGUGGCUCCACUGCCUUCAUCUAUGCCAACUUCAGCGUGCCAGUGGUUAAGAACGCAGCCUUGUUCUGGUGGAACCUGCGAAGGAAUGGUGACGGUGACGGGGACACCCUACACGCUGGAUGCCCCGUGCUGGCUGGGGACAAGUGGGUGGCAAACAAGUGGAUCCAUGAGUACGGGCAGGAGUUUCGGCGGCCGUGCAGCCGGGAUCCCCGGGACUGAGCGACCAGCUGGGCUCAAGGAUGCAGCUCCUGACCUGGAUGCUGUCGUUGUCACCACGGCAGUGAAAAGCCUCCCCAGCACAGCGCAGCUCCACUGGGCUUCAUCCAUGAGGAGAAGAGGGUGCUGCAGGGGGAGGAGGUGCUUUGUUGAGCUGUGGCUUCCCUCCGGGAAAUCUGUUGAAAAUAAAAUCCAAGGAGACUCAA